UGAUGGCAUCUCCAGAAGCUGAACAGCCUUACCCUUUUGUAGAUAUAUAUGAUGAAGAUGAAUCUGACAGAGUCUUCCUUAUGUCCAAGCCUACUUGCUUUGUCAUCUUUGGAAAACCAGGAGUUGGGAAGAAAACACUAGCUAAAAAAUUAGCCCAGUUUUGGAAGUGCACGCUUGUGGAUGCUUUGGAACUUAUAAAUGAAAAUAUGACAGCCGAAACAGAAUAUGGACUGAAGUGUAAGGAAUUGCUUUACCAAGGUCAAAAUGUUCCUGAAGAGUUGGUGAUAAAGAUGCUUAUGAACAAGCUGGAAUCACCAGAGAUUAAUCACUUCGGUUAUGUUCUCUGUGAUUUCCCUUCUCUUUCUGAGGAUUUCAUGGCUACACCAGAACAAAUAGAAGUAAUUAAAAAUUUAAAAUUAAAACCAGAUUUCCUGAUUAAUAUUAAGUGUCCAAAUAAUGAUUUGUGCCAAAAAAUCACUGGUCAAAGACAGCAUCCUGAAACAGGACGUAUAUUUCAAAGAGAAGAGUGGGAUCCUGAGAUUAUUGAAAAGCGUAAGAAAAAGAAGAAAGAAUUACAUAAAAGUGAAGAGGAUGAAGAAGCAGAAGAGGAAGAAGAGGAAGAGGAGUCAAGUGAGGCAACAGCUGAUCAAAUUAUGUUGACAGAAAUUUUGCCAACUUUAGUGCAAAGGCCAGAAGAUUUUACAGAAAAUGCACAAAAAAGAAUUGAUCUCUAUAAAGAUAUUAUGCUACGUCCUCUAGAGGAAUUAAUGGCUGAGCAGGACUCUCAGUAUCUUUUUGAACUGGAUGGAAACAAGAAUGCAGAAGAACUUUUUAAAGUAAUAAUAACCCGCCUCCAAUGCAUGGGCCAAAGGAAUGGAGCUCUUAUAACCAGGCUUCAGAGUGCAGAGGAAGAAAUGUUAGAAGGUCUGGAAAAUGAUGAACUUUUUCGAGUGCUUUCAUCCUAUAAACUUGUAGGACCUAGAUACCGAUGGCGUCGGAGCAAAUGGGGCCGAGCAUGUCCUGUGGCUUUAAAAGAUGGUGACAUUAUCAUGGGAUCUUUAGACAAUGCCAUUAGCUUCUUAGGUAAGAUGUACAUGAUUUCUACAGAAGAAGCAUUGAAACAAUUCAUGCUGAAUCCUCGUUCCUACCUGCUGCCUCCUAUGCCACUUCCACCUUGUAAAGUACUAAUAGUAGGCCCUGCAUUAUCAGGGAAAUCAACACUGUGUGAGUUGCUUGCAAACCGUUAUCAGGGAAAGGUUCUUGACAUGGAAGUUCUUCUGCAAAGACAUUAUGAAGAAGCCAGGAUGGAACUCAUUGAGCAGACCCGAGCCGAAGCAAUCCUGUUAGGCAUUGCCAAAGUGAAAGAAAAAUUGGAAAUAGAGCAGCAGUUGAGGGAGCAAGCUCUACUUUUUGCCCAAGAUUUAGGUGACAGGGAACUGGAAAACUAUGAAGAGAGUGUUCACACAGAUGAGAGAAGUUCAGUUCUGCCUAGUGAAUCAACAUUUGGUAGCCAAAAAGACAUCUCAAUAGCGCAAACAGAAUCAGAGAUUCCUCUUGACCACCCAGAUGUCCAAGAAGUGGUCCAGAAAGCUAUAGAAGCUGCAAUGCUGUCUCCAAUAAUACUGCCACCAGAGGCAUACGUGGAAGCAUUAGAAGAAACCAUUGAAGAGCUGCAUAAAACAAAUCCAGACAGAUAUCCUGGAGCUGCACGUAAAGGAGGAUGGGUAGUAGAUAAUUUUCCUCCAUUAACAGAUCACUGGAAUGCUUUGGCAGAGAAAGGACUCCUACCUGAUAUUGUGAUUUAUUUGAAGAAUGUUGAACUAAAUGGACAACUGGUAAUACACAGAAUGUACCAAGCACAUAAAGAAGAAGUUGAUGCUAAGAUUAUAGAAAGGCUAAUAGAUGAUGCUUUAAAAAAGAAACAGGAGGAAGAAGAAACGAAAAGAGAACUGCAAGAAAUGCUACAACUGCAAGCUCAGGAAUUUGCUGAAGACGGAGGUACAGAGACAGUGCAGACUGUAGAUCAGGGUGAUGAAGCACAGUUGUCAAUGGACUCCAAAGAACAUGAAGAAUCUAAGACAGGAGUCAAGGUACCUGAGUAUCAUGAAGAUGGUUUUCCAGAUGUAGUAGAAAUAGAGCCAUUAAGGAACAAGCUCAACCAAUUCCAGAAUAACUGGCAAAAAUUAGAGCCACAUAUUGCAGAUUCACCUUUGGUCCUGAUUACUGAAUUGGAGAUUGAUGGGCAGACUCCAGAAAUGCUGUUUAAUAAGUGUGUGCGAGCUAUGGAACAACCUUUUAAAUAUCAUGGCUGGGAAUUUAGUCCUGAAGAUGAAGAUGAAGAACAAGAUGAUUUGCAGGCUGAAGCAGAGGCACUGGCAGAAGAAGAGGAGGAGGGAGAUGAAGAAGAAGAAGAAGAAGAGGAAGAAGAUGAAGAAAAAAUUGCUGAGAGGAAGAGACAUAUGGGAGAUACAAAGCAUUUCUGUCCAGUGAUUCUGAAGGAAAACUUUAUCCUUUAUCCAGGAGUUACUGAAAAUGCAGCUAAAUAUCGAGAAAAAUACUAUUAUUUUUCAACUCCAGAAAACAGAGAUAAAUUUCUAGAAAAUCCUGAAGAAUAUGUUUCUCACAAUGAGCCAUUAAAAGCUCCUCCUAUAAGGAUAUGUCUGUUGGGGCCACAUGGAGGGGGUAAAACAGUCUGUGCCCGGUGGUUAGCAGAUAAGCUAAAUAUUUUCCAUAUUCAGUUUGAAGAACUCUUACAAGAAUUAGUCAUGCUCAAAACGGGAAAAAGAGUUGGACCUGAAGAAGAGGAAGAGGAAGAGGAAGGUGAGGGAACGCAGGAAUUGGGAGAAUCCACUAUUCCUGAAAAUGCACCUGAAUUUGAAUUUGAGAGCGAAGAAGAAAGUAAGCAAACUCAAGAGAAAGAUACGCAAUUAACAGAUGAGGAAGAAGCAAUCAAGGCCAAUAUAUUAGAAAAUGAACCUAUUCCCAUUGAAGUGCUUGAUAAUAUUAUUCCUGAUUGGUGGAUGAAGGAACCAUUUCGAUCUACUGGGUUUAUACUUGAUGGUUUUCCACGAACAGGAGAUGAGGUCCAGUAUUUAGCAGAGCGUUCACUUUGUCCAGAUAUUAUAGCUUGUCUUGAAGCUGAUGAAGAUGACAUUUCUGACAGACUUCUUGCUAAGCAAGUGAAAAAAUGGCAAGAGAAACAAACUAAGAAGAUGGAGAAGAAGCAACAGAUGAAAGAAUUGAAGGCAAGAGUGAGAGAGGAGCAAAUUGCUAGAAGACGGGCAGAGCUUCUAACUGAACAAACAAAAAGGAAAUUGGAGAAUGAGGCAAGUAAGUUUGAAGCUGAAGCUCUGGAUGAAGAAGAUGAAGAUGAAGAUGAAGAUAUUGAAGCUAUUCUGGAAGAAGAGUUUCCUAAAGAUGAUGAGGGAGAAGAUGAGGAAGAGCAGGAGACUGAUGCUACUGUGCGCAUAAAGACUGAGAUUGCAGAGAGAUAUGAAGCAGAUAUUGGAAAUAUACAAACUGUGCAGGAAGAAUUUGAAAAAUUACAAAUACCCCAAAUAACGCUUAGUUGCAAACGAAAGCCUCGCAUUGUAUGCUACCAAUUGUUUAAAAAGCUGAAGGACCUUGUAGAAAAUCGUGAGAGCAUUUUUGAGAAAUGUUAUCCAAUAAGUUUUUCACUUGCACGCAAAAUGAUUGUUCUCUCUUAUAAACAUCCAAGCAAUUUUGGCCAAUGGGACCCAAUCAAGCUAAGCGAAGGAGAUGUAAUCAAGCCCUUUCAAAAUGAUGAAGCAUCAACUUUUCCACUUAUUCAUCGAAACUGUGUUUAUUUUUUUACAAGUAAAGAAAAUAGAGAAAAAUUUAUGAAAAACCCUAUCAAAUAUCUCCGCCAGCCUAAACCUAAACCAACUGUACCAGUUAAAAUUGCAAUUGUUGGGCCUCCAAAAUCUGGAAAGACAACAGUUGCCAAAAAAUUUGCAGAAAUAUAUGGAUUGAUGCGCCUUUCCAUGGGAGAUGCCAUCCGUGCAGUGUUAAACAAUCAGCCAGAAACUGAAUUGGCUCUUGUGCUAAAGUGGCAUCUUCACAAAGGACUGACUGCACCUGAUGAACUUGCCCUAAGAGCCUUAGAUAUUGCCUUGAUGGAUACUGUGUGCAAUACUUCAGGAUUUGUUAUUGAUGGAUACCCUGUUACAAGAAAACAGGUAGACCUUUUGGAAGAAAUGAAAAUCAUUCCAGUAAAAAUCUUUGAGUUAGACAUUGAUGUAAAAGAGGUUCUCAGAAGAGCACUUCUGGAUAAACAAAGCCCUAACAGACCUCCCUACCCACUGCAUGACAGCUCCCAUAUUCUUUCCAUCAAGAAUUCCUGCUACAGAGCACAAACUGAAGAAAUCAGACCAUACUAUGAGGAACAGCACCAGAACUGGUAUGUAAUUGAUGGAUCUCACAGCAAAUGGUGGAUCUGGAACAAAAUCUGGGAGGAAACUCAAGCAGUCACUAAACAGAUCCAGUUAUACCUGGAAAGAAUACGGCAAGGAAAAGCUGCCAGUAUUGCUGAUAUGUGUAUCAUGCCAAAUGAAUUGCUCUCUCGGCUGGGAGAGUUUGGGCAAUAUUGUCCAGUGAGCCUUGCAGAAAGGGAAGAACUUAUUGAUUGCUCUGACUCUCCUUCUCUGAAGCUUGCUGCAGAAUUUCGAGGACAUUAUUACAAAAUGGCUGGACAGCAGGAGUUAGAAAAAUUCCUGAAAACGCCAGAAUUAUAUGUUCCCCCAUUAGCACCUUAUCCUCUUCCUUUCCCAAAUAAAUUACCAAAAAGGCUGACUGCAGCAGAUGUGAAAGCUUUAUUUCCCAUGCAAGCUGAAAUGCAAGGCUUCUGCCCAGUCACUUAUCUCAAUGGAAAGCAAAGGUAUGAAGCUCUAAUACCUGGGAACAUUGAAUAUGCUGUCCUUUAUCGCAAAAAGCUAUAUAUUUUUGACAAUGAAGAAAAACUUCAGAAGUUUAUGAGAAAACCAGAAAAAUAUUGGAAUCAGAAGCUUCCACUUAAGCUUCCCCCCUUAAAGGAACCUAUAUUGUUGACAGCUCUUCCUCUGACUGGAUACCUUGAGCAGGGUGUGGCUACAGCACUAAUAAAAGCAAUGAAUGCAGUUGGUUGCUUAAAGCCAAAAUUUCCAUUCCUGAGUGUGAAAAGGACUGCUCUGCUAUUCAUAGCCUAUCAUUUAAAAGCAUAUAACCCUAACAGCCCUGAUUAUUUACGAAAGAAGUAUAAAAUGAAGUUGGAACGGUUCAUGGACCAUUGUGAACUUAUCCCAUACCUGGGCAUCAAAAUGACGAAGAACUAUAAGGAGCCUCAAAAUCGACCUAUUGACUUUGACCACAAGUUACAGAUCUUUUUGUCUCUCAAAGAUGUAGACCCAAGUUCUCAUUAGUCUUAAAUAUGGCAGAGUGAUAUAUUCAUAUUUGACUGUUAAAUUAUGAGUAGACUAGGUUGUUUCUGGAUCCUGCCUAACUAGAGACUAGAUCAAGGUAAGUUCAUGUCCCUGGCUGGUUGCAAGCCUAAACAAAGCAAUACUGUAGCUUCCUAUAGGAUGGUUUGCAAAAUGCAGUUUGUAGAACUGAUAGCUUACAAACAUUAUUUGGAAAUUGCCAUACAGUCCUAAAUAAUUUUGCAAGGAAUGUAGUAAUGAUUGUUUUUAAUUAAGUCUACUUCUAAAAAAAUAUGUUUAUAAUUGUGGAAAUAUUAAUAUUC